UCACUGUACAUCAGCCGGCCGCGGUGGCUGCUGGGAGAGAGUCGCUGUGUUGGAGACAUUUUGGAUUUAAAGGGGCUGAGCUAGCGUCAGUCCGAGCUCUCGGUUUCCCAGAGCUUACAUAGAAGAUGUCCACCAUGUUGUAUGCACGGGAAGAGAAGCUCGAGAAGCUCUCUCAGGAGGAGAUCAUUUCCAACACCAAGCUGGUGAUCCAGGGCCUGGAGGCCCUGAAGAACGAGCACAACUCCAUCCUCCACAGCCUCCUGGAGACCAUCAAGUGCCUAAAGAAGGAUGAAGAGGCCAACCUGGUGCACGAGAAGUCCAACCUGCUCCGCAAGUCAGUGGAGAUGAUUGAACUGGGCCUGGGAGAAGCACAGGUGAUGAUGGCCUUGUCCAACCACCUGAACGCGGUGGAGUCAGAGAAGCAGAAGCUGCGAGCACAGGUGAGGAGGCUUUGCCAGGAGAACCAGUGGCUGCGGGACGAGCUGGCCAACACCCAGCAGAAGCUGCAGAAGAGCGAGCAGAGCGUGGCUCAGCUGGAGGAGGAGAAGAAGCACCUGGAGUUCAUGAACCAGCUCAAAAAAUAUGAUGAAGAUGUCUCACCCACUCAGGAGGAGAAGGACCGAGAGACACCGAAGGACUCCCUGGACGACCUCUUCCCCAAUGAUGAGGAGGAGCAUGGCCAAGGAAUGCAGCACCAACACAACAGUGCAGCCGUGGCUGCAGCCCAGCAGGGAGGCUACGAGAUCCCAGCCCGUCUGAGGACCCUGCACAACCUGGUGAUCCAGUAUGCCUCCCAGGGCAGGUACGAGGUGGCCGUCCCCCUCUGCAAGCAAGCUCUGGAAGACCUGGAGAAGACCUCUGGACACGACCACCCUGACGUGGCCACCAUGCUUAACAUCCUGGCCUUGGUCUAUAGGGAUCAGAACAAAUACAAAGAGGCUGCCCAUCUGCUCAACGAUGCUCUGUCCAUCCGUGAGAAAACCCUGGGCAAAGACCAUCCCGCUGUUGCCGCAACGCUGAACAACUUGGCUGUGCUGUACGGAAAGAGAGGGAAGUACAAGGAGGCCGAGCCUCUGUGCAAGAGGGCUCUGGAGAUCAGAGAAAAGGUCCUGGGGAAGGAUCACCCAGAUGUGGCCAAGCAGCUGAACAACUUGGCCCUGCUUUGUCAGAACCAGGGCAAGUACGAGGAGGUGGAGUACUACUACUGCCGUGCCCUGGAGAUCUACGAGUGCAGGCUGGGCCCCGAUGAUCCCAAUGUGGCCAAAACCAAGAACAACCUGGCAUCCUGUUUUCUCAAACAGGGGAAAUACAAGGAGGCUGAGGUCCUGUACAAAGAGAUUCUGACUCGCGCUCAUGAGAAAGAGUUUGGAUCUGUUGAUGCUGAAAACAAGCCCAUCUGGAUGCAUGCAGAGGAAAGGGAGGAGAUGAGCAAGGGCAAGCACAGAGACAACACUCCAUACGGAGAGUACGGAGGCUGGUACAAGGCCUGCAAAGUCAACAGCCCUACAGUGAACACCACCCUGAGAAACCUGGGUGCCCUGUACCGCCGACAGGGCAAGCUAGAGGCUGCUGAGACCCUGGAAGAGUGCGCCGUGAGGUCUCGCAAGCAGAGCAACACAGGCAUCGACCCAAUCCACCAGACACGUGUGGUGGAGAUCCUGAAGGAUACAGAGGGCGACAGGCGGAGGAGCAGGGAUAGCCUGUCCAGCGUUAAGUAUGAGAGCGGCUCUGAGACCGGCGAGGAAGUGAGUAUGGGCGUGGAGUGGAAUGGGGCCUAAGCCAUCAAGAUUAUUCCUCCAUCCUUCUCUUCUUCCCCAACACAAUAGCAAAAGGAUGAGUGUUGUCGUUCCCUCUGGCCUACUCUGUCCCAACAAACCAACAGCUCUUCUACCAUUCCCGGUGCCCCGUCUCCGGCAGAGACUCAGAAAGCCCCCCUCUCCUCCUCCUGGUUGUUACCUCUGUCCCUUGUUCAUCUGACAACUGCUGGGACGUUUGGUCUUCUCAUCUCUCUCUCUCUCUCUCUCUCUCUCUCUCUCUUUCUCUCUCUUUCUCUCUCUUUCUCUUUCUCUCUCUCUUUCUCUCUCUCUCUCUCUCUCUCUCUCUCUCUCUCUUUGCCUCUAACUAACCCCGUGUCACCCACCAUUUCAGAAAAAUCAACUCUUUCUCUCACUUAACAUUAAAAAAAAUCAUUGUGUGUGAAAUCUUUUUCCUGUGAGGAAGUCACUUGCACAUUUUUCCUCUCUCCAACACUCAUUUGUAAUAUUUCAUAGAUGCAUAGUACAUUUAUUUGUCUAGAUAGCUGAGUGUGAAAGUAAUUUAUUGGAAGAAGGCAGAACAGGAAUGUUGAAAGAUUUUGAAGGAUCUGUGUCACCAUUUGACUGCUGCAGACAUCACUCCAACCCACAGUCAGAUAAAACGAUCACGGUAGAGUCAGUAUAUUACAGUCAUUCAUCUGCACAGUUGCUCUGCAUUGGUGUGUUUGUUGCCUUGAGCACUCGCAGUCUUGAGAGUUGACCUCAAAACUAGCUUCCAGCCGGGUGCCCGCAUUUAGCCAGUGUAGUAUUUUCUUUUUUUUUAUUGUUGUGUUUUCUGUUUUUAAUUAAAGCGAUGAUGAGAUCAAAUGCCUAACCAGUUUGGAAAUAAAUGGUACCAUGCAGUUUGACAUGCUAAUAAAAGUGUCAUUUCAAUUAAACUUCUGUGGCCUAGUUGGCAGGAAAUGAGAAGGGAGCAUUGCUAAUUUUUUUUUAUAGAUUAUAUUUCCUUUUUUUUCCUUUUUGUUUUUAUAAUUUGUGUUUACAUUUUAUAAACGUUGAUUCUUUUGUGGCUGAAUAUUAAGGCAGUAGCUUGUCAACAAACGCCAUAGUGUUGCCUGUUGCGAAAGACCAGAAGGGCCGAGAUCAAAUAGGCCAAAGCUGACUGCAAAUUGGUCAGAUCCCAGCUAGCUCUUGUUGCCAUGGGAAUUUAUGUACAAGUUGCUCUCACUGGCUUCAGUGUCCUUGGUUUGAUAGAGUUAUUCACACAGGCUCUGUGCUGGUGAAGUGUGUACACAGCAGCUUGCAUUUACAAAGGGAAUGAGCAACAUUGGCUGACACUGUAAAGCAAAUAUGACAGCAGAGACCAACCGGAGCACCUAGCACAGACACUGGCCACCCCGAGAGAUUGCUACAUAUUUAUAGAUUUCAAAAUAAAGGACGUAAAUGCCUUUAAUUGCCUUUAUUCGUUGGUGUAGGAGUAGAAGCUAGUGUUAUAAUUCAUUGGAUGUCUGGAUUCCACAGUAGUUCUCGUGUGUAUUUGUGUAUGUUUUUGGUGGUACUGUCACAGUGCCCACUCUGGCUAUGGAUACUGUAUUUGGAACACAAAGCUUAAUGGAGUGUGUUGCCUUUUUUUCUUACACAGUCGUUUGCAAGUGCAACAUUGUCACUUUGGUGAGUCUUGUUUUUUGACACCAAAAGUACAGUGCGAGUGUUUCCUCAAGAUCAACAUGUUGUUUCAGAUGUUUAACUUGCUGAAUGUAAAAAUGACUUUAACAUCUUGGAAGUGUAAUUGUAGGCUGUAUUUAUAGAUUUGACAAGUGCAUUCACUAUACAGCUUUUCAGUAUGCUACUUGCCUUGAUUCUUCAUUCCUUCCAACGAGUACUCCUAUUACUUCUAAUGCAACUCUGAACAAAAGAAUUGACUAUGUACAUCACAUAAUUAUGACAAUAUUGUUGUGUUAGUGGAAUGCUUAUUUAUUGAACUGUCUAUUCUUGACAUAUAUAGUGUGACUUCAGUUUACUAAAGUGGAAGAACAUAAAUGGUAAGGUCUAUAAGCACUAUCUUAGUAAGUAGGACUGCAUUAUAUUUACCAUUCUGCAUUGUGAUGAUUAUUGCAUCAACACUUGUUGGUAUUCUCAAAUAAAGUUUUUCAUUUGUGAA